UCGCACUGCUGGAGUCUGCAGACACACAUAUGCAUAUCAUACUGCACGUGGGUUGAUGUGUGAGGUCUGACAGUUGACAGACCAGCAACUGUCAGAUUGCAGGGAACCUUGGAUCCUACAGGAGCAGCCUUUCCAGAUUUCAUCUGCAGAGUGAAAGAACAUAGAAGUCACCAUGGCUGAAGCCAGACAGACCCUUAAGGCCCUGGAGCAGCGUGCCAAGCUCCUGCAGCAGCAACAAAAUACUUUCAUUAAGGCAUUGGAGCGGACACGGGAAAAUGCCCAUGACAGAAUCGGACCCGUGAGGACCUUGGCACAGGUACGCAACUACUUAGACAGCCAUUGCAACAACUUUACAGAUAAGGGUAUCCUCACUCUGUUUUUGGAUGUCUGUGAGGAUCUGGCCGCGUUCUGUAUCCAGCUGAAAUCUAUGCAGAAGACCACACAUUCAGAAAAGGGGAUCAUAGAGCAAACCAUUGAUCUUCUCAAUCCAACCAAUGACCUGUCUGAUCUGACUGUCAGGUAUCCCCACAAUGUUUUGAAUCGCCUCAGCUGUAACGAAGUGCACAACUACUAUGCCGGUGUCGUGAGCAUCGUUCCCAUCGUCCUGGAUAACAUACGUGAUGCUGUGUUUAGGCUGGAGACAGUCCGGACACGUGCAUCCAAGUAAAAAGAAGAAUUAAAGCCCAUCUAAGGUCCUUCAACCCAACGAGGAAGGCUCCUGGCAGCUACUAUUCCACCUAAACUGGUUAAGUGGACCUGCUCAUAUUGCUUUUGGAUUUUUGCCAUUACUAAAGAGAACAUAAGGCAAAUCAGCAUUUUCCAAACUUCCUACUUCCCAUUGCUAGAGUCAAUAAAUGCAUGUGUA